AUGUGUGCUUCGGGCACUCGGACAGAGGGGGGAACUUCUCGAACAUCUAAACCCUGCUGUCCCCAAGUCGCCUCCAGUAUCUGCCUGCUUGAGGCUUCUGAUGCGGCCGAAUUUCCAGAGACUAUACCUCAGUCUUGUCCCCAUCUCCCUUCAUUUUCUACUUCCUUUCUUCUCUCCUUUCUGCCCUAUUCACUGUGCCACAUUGCCCAAUCACCUACCAGCACCUCCAGUCGUUCUGGCCUCCUGGGGUACCCUGGAGGUAUACUGCCAACUUCCACGACCAUGGACAAGUCGAGUCACUUUUCAGGGGUCGCAAAGUCAGCUGACUUAUGCUGUGACCAAGGGUGGGGAGGACAGGUCAAGCUUCCGGGUGCAGCUAGGACAAGUAUAUGA